UCGUGUUAGAAGUCAGUGAAUCGACCAGAGUGACACGGGCAUGGGUUAUCUAUGCUUUAUUUUUAUUCUCCAGACCUAAGAUUUUUAGGAUACCAUCCAGCUCCCACAAGAAAAGAGGGUGUUUUGUCAUUUAGUGGAGCUCAUUGAUCUCCAACGAUGCUAGCUUGUGCAGUGGUUAGCAGGGCAGCGGUAAUGUUAAUGGAAGCUAACAUUAACGUCAGGUCUGGAUCGAAAAUCAUCAGCGGUCGUGUUCAACGAUGAUUUCGUGAUUAAGUGAACUCCAGACGUAAGUGCAUUCAGUCUAGCUGGGCGUACCUGGAAAGCCUGAUUAAAUUUACUUGAAGGCUAAUGUUUUAAAGCUAACUUGGCUGUGUGAAUUGUAUUUGCACCCCUCACUGCCACGGUGCCGUGUAGCUGUCCACGUCUCGUCUCGUCUGCUGUGUUAACGUUGCCAGCUGAGCUAGGCCACGUCCCUGCGGGCGUAUUUCAUCCAGCCUACUGACAUUGGACGAGUCGCAAAGGAGGAUGCCUAGUGUGCGGAAGGAGGAAGCAGAGUACACAUCAAAAGAAACGUGAAAAGUCUUGAACAUUCAUGACUGUCAGUGGGAGUACUGUAGUGUUUGCCUUUCUGAACGGUUGCCGCAUAUACGCGGCAUGUCACGUAGACGGAUGUGUUGUACAGCGGGAGAAUACUCUCACUGAGCUCUGGAGGUUGCGGUAACAACCUGAGGUAACAUAGACUUUAUUUUAGGAAAUGGUUGGGUUUGGUGCAAACCGACGGGGAGGCCGCCUCCCGUCCUUCAUCCUCAUCUUCUUGAUGGUGAUCAUCGCCAUACUGUCUGUCAACUACUGGUCGGUGAACACCAAGCACAGGCACCUGCUCGAUGAGCUGGCGGAGGUGCAGACGCAGGUGAAGCGCACGGACGCGGCGCGGAGCCGGCUGGAGAAGCGGAACUCGGAGCUGAUGGUGCAGGUGGACACACACAGGAAGCAGAUCGACCAGAAGGAUGGAGACUACAGCGUCCUGGAGGGCAAGCUGCAGGCCAGGGAGGGUCUCAUCAAAAAGUGUAACGAUGAAAAGAUGAAGCUGCAGGGAGACGUAGCAGCCCAGAUGACAGAGAUCCAAAGGCUGAAAGAACAGCUAAAGGAUCUGAAGCAGGAGUUUAUGAAACAAGAAGAGCAGAUGAGGGAAGUGAAGAAAAACAGCACUAACCUGGAGAGAAAACUGGAGUAUGAGAGUUUACAGUGUGGGCGUCAGAUUGCACAACUGAAGGACGAGUAUGAAGAAACAAAAAAGGCCCUGGAGAUAGAAGCAUCAAAGCUCAGACAGGGUGCAUUGGACCACCACAAGGUUGUAGCAGCAGGUAGACAUGCAGAAGGAGCACUUGGUGGGGAUGUGGUGGGAGAGCGCCAUACAGUGGCCAAUCGCCGACAUGACAGUCAAGAUUUAAAAGAUGACAUGGGUAAGCCUGGCAGUGACGCUGGCAUGCCCGGUAUUGAAGAUAGCGAGGUGGGAAAAGUCGAGGAUGUGCAGUUUGCUUUGAAGAAACCAGCCAUCACUAUAAAGCAUGACACUGAAGUGGCUCUAAGGCCUGGUGCUGGACAGAGAGUCGGGGCAGCUGAUGGCCCUGGUGGCCAGGCUCUAGCCUUGGAUCAGCCUAAGCUCCAGGACAGAGCAGAGGCUCAAGCGGCAGCACAAGGCAUCUUGAAACAGGCUGACAAACCGAUAGUGUUUGAAGAGGACAACAAGGCGGGUAUCAAGGCAGACGAGCUGGGAGAACAGCAAAGACAACUACAAGUUCCUGAUCGUGUGAAGGGUAACGGAGAACAUUUAAAGGCGAUCCCUCUGCCUCCAAACCCUGCACAGGUGCCCAACCCCAUCCAGCCUCACGAUGCCAAAGAACAAGCUCCAGCAGAGCCAGUUCACCACCGCCAAAGCCGGUUCUUUGAUGAGAACGAGUCCCCAGUAGAUCCGCAACACGGCUCUAAGCUGGCGGACUACAAUGGGGACGAUGGGAACGUGGGUGAGUAUGAGGCCGACAAGCAGGCCGAGCUGGCCUACAAUGAGGAAGAGGAUGGUGAUGGUGGGGAGGAAGACGUUCAAGAUGAUGAUGGAGACAUGCAAGGAGACCGGGCUGUGGAUUACGGGAAACGACAUCAAGCCAUUGACAUUCUUUGAAUGGAAACUCCUGCAGCCCUAUCUCAUUGAAAAAUACUCAAACCUUCCUCAAUUGUCAAGGUCAUUCUUGAUGAAACAGUUUGAACAUCAGUAUGUUUAAGACAUUUAUAGGGUGCAUCCUCAAUGUCAUGGACUAUUUUGAAAACAGACAUUGCAACUUAUGACUUCUGAAUUACAUAAUGCGAAGUAAAAAAAAAAAAUCAUGGGUUGUCUUUAGCUGCUGUUAAUUUGCUAAUGGUUUUAAUUUAUGACAGUAGAGGUGAUAUCCUAUAGAAUGACUGUUCAGUUUUGUAAUUUGAUAACUGCGUCAGAUCAUAAUGGAGGGAUUUUAAAGAGCCCCGGUGACUCACAUUUCAACUUCAAGGUCAGACUUUUGGUUUUGCUUCUUUUCUUUUCAGGUUUCUUAAUAUAGACAUCGGCUGAGGUGAUUGUCAAAGAGACUGCCUUUCUAACAAACUUUUGGGACUCUUACAUGGGAAGAUUUUUUUAAGGAAGGGGAUGCAUUACAAAUGCCAAGGACUAUGUGUAGGCCUAUUAAAUCAAUUUUCUUUUCUUUCUGACAGACACUCCAAAGUGCUCCUCAUUCUUUUUUUUUUUUUUCCUAAUGAUGCCAUUGCAUGUAUUUGAACCUUUAUUAAUCAAACUGAGCAAAAUACUGAAGCUUAAGCAAUACUUACAGCAAUGUUAGUGUCCUCUACAAUGUGCAAAAAUUAACUGAGCACAUAAGGAACUGACUGACUGACUGUACACAUGCUUCCGUCAAUGAGGUCUCUUGUACAUAAUGUAGUUGAAAUGUUACCAUUUGUACUGAGGAAAUCUAAUUCUUCACCUUUUGGGGGGAUCCUUAAACCUGAAAUCAGUUCUGUUUGUGCAGCCAGGAAAAUUGUUUUUCUUAUGGAAAAGCACAUUGAAUGUAAUUUAAUUUUAUUAAAGGUGAUGCUUCA